AUGGAUAAAAUCCGAAUUCUAAAGAGUAGGUUAAAAGCAGCACAAGAUAGGCAAAAGAGUUAUGCAGAUUUGAAAAGAAGAGAUAUUGAGUACAAUGUUGGUGAUAAGGUAUUCUUAAAGAUUUCUCCUUGGAAGGGAAUUAUACGCUUUGGUAAGCGUGGAAAGUUAAGUCCUCGGUUUAUAGGUUCUUAUGAGAUUAUAGAGAGGAUCAUACCAGUUGCUUAUCGCUUAGCAUUACCUCUAGAGUUAUCACAAAUCCAUGAUGUCUUUCAAGUAUCCAUGUUAAGAAGAUACAAAAGUGACCCUUCUCAUAUUCUCCAGAAGCAACCAAUCGAGUUGAGAGAAGAUCUAACAUAUGAGGAAGAACCAGUGGAGGUCAUUGAUAGAGAAGAGAAAGUCUUGAGGAACAAAGCAAUUCCUUUUGUUAAAAUUCAUUGGAGCAAUCAUUCAAAGAAAGAAGCUACUUGGGAAAGAGAAGAGGAUAUGCGAGCUCAGUACCUACACUUGUUUGCGCUGUUAGGAGAUGACCCAGCUCCUGUUGUAGAUACUAGGAGUGCUCCAGCGGUCUAA